AUGAUGAACCUGCCGAGUAGAGAAAAAGAGGCGCGGGAGCAGGCGGAGGAGGCGAAACAGCAACGCAGGCAGCGGCGGAGCUGCGACGCUGCGCCGACGCGCAACCUGGCGCAGAUAGGGCCCCCGCUGCCUGCAUCCUCGACUGCUGCAACAACGACCGCGAGUAGACCAAGCAACAGCCUUGUCGCUGUGACCACUGGUAGUUCCUCGCCUGUGGCCGCUGUCCCGCGUGCGGCUGGCUCGGCGGCGCCGCUAGCUUGGCGGAAGUCGCCCCACAGUCGUGAGGCGCAUUCACAGAUCUCACCGAAGGAGGCGUCCAGCCCAGAGCAGGGUGGUGGUGGUGUUGGUGGCUGCAGCAGCUGCUGCCGCACCGGCACGUGCGGGGAGGGAAGUGCGCCGCGCCCUCGUGAAGGUUGCCGUGUGACGUCGCCGCAUGGCAGGGCGGCGGUGACGCCGGAGGUGAAGGACCCCGCCGCGGCUCCUGCUGUUGGUGUGGGUCGACCGCAGGAGCCGCGGCGGCACGAGGCAGACGCGGGGCGGAGCGUCGGGUGGCGCGCGGUGGGUGUCGUAGACCCUGCCGAGGUGCUCUUGACGCCCCGCGCGCCGGUGGCAGCCGGUGCCGCCGCGCCGCCGCCUCCGCUCGUGCCUCUGCAGCGCCUCACGGGCGUGGAGCACCCCUCAAAGCCGCCUCCCGUGCAGUCCUCCGGCGCCUCUCAAGCCGGGGCUCCCUUCAUGCUCCACGCUGGAGCGGCGGGGGAACACUGCGAAACUGGCCCUGCCCGGGCCCUAGAGCUACUCGCCGCGGGGCACGCCGGCGCGGAUCGCGCGACGCCCUGCUCUGACCGCCAACGCGGCGCCGCAGAAGUCGGCGUAGGCAGACCUGUGAAGCGGGGACACGCCACUGCCAGCGCCUCCUCGCCACCGCCGUUGUCAGACGCCGUGUUCCUGCAAGAAGACGACGCUGGCGAAGAGGUUCUGACGCGGAGUUCGUGUGCCCGGAUUGCGGAACUCACUGGCGACAGUAGUGAGACGGACGGGGACGUGACGCUGGAAGAGCUAGAGGCAACGGAAGGCAGCAUCUCCCUCGCGCCGUCUCCUCUGCAGCUUGGAGCCCUUAGGAAUCCCAGCUGCGCCCACAGUUGUCGACGCGAGACCUGGAGCCACUGUCGCAAAAGAAGCGGCAGCCACGAGGAGGUGGUGAUCGACGCUGCGCUGCAAAAGUCGUGGUCCCCGCUGCAGGAAAAGGCCGCUGACUUUGGACGCUACCCCUUAGAGAAGGCAUGGCCCGUCCCCAUUACCGAGGAUAAAGUUGGCGGCUCUCCGGGUUGCGUGGAGCGCAGCUUGGAGUCCUCGCGGAACAAGCUGUUCCGCGUUUCGAUCCCCUCGAUGGGGGCGAUGCGGUUCACAGCCUACUCAGUGGAGGGAUCACCGGGCGGAGGCGCUAUCAUGCACCAUAAGCGUUCCUUUCGCACACAAUCCGCAAUUUGUAACAGGUCUGAGGAGAGACUUUGCUCGGGCCCCACUGAAAACAGCGUGAGCCGCAGCGGCAUUUACAUGCGAGCCCCCCCAAGCAUCACCAAUCCCCUUGACGGGCCACUCAAGCGAAAAAGUAUCUCACUGACGAUGAUGUCACCCGCGCUGGCCCCAGUCACCGCGUCCUCUAGCCUGACGCAGGAUGGCCCCAUAGAUUCCUUGUUUCCGGUGUUGCACGUCCCACCGGAGCUGCGGCUGCGGCCUGAGCGGUUGAUGGAUGCGGCGAGGCUCGCCUCUCCGCUGCCGCAGCCCCCUCCGGUGGCAUGCGGCCCAAUGAGCUUCACUGUUCGCUCAGAAAUGUUGCCAUCGCCGCAGUGGCGCGGCGUUGCCCGCCCCGACGACGACCGCUUAGCUAUUUGCGGCCACAAUGAGGGCGGAAGUCCGCUGAGUGGGUAUGGCUGCUUACUUCGUCCGCUGUGGCCCAGCCCCUCCUUCGGCUUCUUGCAGCGGACGGAGACCAGUGAUCUUCUUGGGGGUGCGAACUCCACCUCUGAGGAGGGGGCGCACUCGCCGCUGGGCGUUCUAUGCCUCGGCUCACGUUUCUCGGAGUGGAGAGGGGGUCACGGCUACGGGGACCUCAGUCCAUGCUCCUCGCCGCUGCCGGGGUGCAGUUCCCGACACCAUGAAUGGAGGCGGCACGAGCUCUCGAGGUCGCCGAGGUCGCAAAUGAACACAGACGCUCUGGCGUCGUUAAGUGGGCUCGUGGAGGCUGCACCGCGUGGUGGCCAGGAUGCGCAGAGCUGCAGUGGCCCGCUCUCUCUCAACACCCCCACACGAAAGCAGACGGUGUGCCCGGUUCCCAUAGGCGACUGCACCUUUCAGCUGCCCACCUUCGGAGGACCCUCGCGUUGA